AUGCAAUCGACUAUUCUUCUCUUAUCUUUGACUUUCAUUUUUACACAGACAAAUGGAUGCGCGACUAAUUGGACAUUUCCAUUAGGAUCUCAUCUACAUCAAGUAGGAUCAGUUCCAUGUCCAGAUGGUCAAAGUUCUUGUCCUGAUGGUGAAACGUGUUGUCAAUUGUCUACGGGUCAAUAUGGCUGCUGUCCAAUUCCUGGUGCGGUGUGCUGUAGUGAUCACCUUCAUUGCUGUCCAAAUGGCUAUACAUGUGAUGUUGAACAUGGACGAUGUCAAAAAGGAUUUGAUCAACUCAACGGUGUCGUGUGUCCCGGUGGUGAAAUGUCUUGUGCUGAUGAUGAAACUUGUUGUGAAUUACAAUCCGGUGAAUACGGCUGCUGCCCAUUGCCUGAUGCAGUUUGCUGCAGUGAUCAUAGUCAUUGUUGUCCACAUGGAUACACAUGUGAUGUGGAACAUAACAAAUGUCAACGAGGACUCUCCAUUCCAUGGUUUACAAAAAAAUCAGCUCGUCCAAUCAAUAGAAGUUUAACAAAACUUUCAUUAUCAACCGUUCAAUGUCCUGAUGAAAAAUCCUUUUGUCCUGAGGAUACAACCUGUUGUGAGUUAACAGAUGGCAGCUACGGUUGUUGUCCGUAUCAGCAAGCAUCGUGUUGUUCGGAUAAAGUUCAUUGCUGUGGAAAUGGUUUUUCAUGUGAUGACUCUGGUUCAAGAUGCAUCAAACAUUUCGAUGCAAUCGAUGCCACCGAACUUGCAAAUCAAAAAAUGAUUUUGUUAACCGCUUUCCAAGAACAAACCUGUCCCGAUGGAAUAACUAAAUGUUCGUUAAAUUCUACAUGUUGUCCAAAUAAAGAUCAGAAUGAAAUUACCUAUUCAUGUUGUCCAUACGCACGAGGUGUUUGUUGUGGUUCAAAUGGUUCGAUCUGUUGUCCAUUUAAAUAUAUUUGCGAUGAACGACAACUCACAUGUCAAUUGAAUUCAACUAUCUCAGCAGAAAAACAUCAAGAUUUUAUUCAAUGUGGAUCGUCAGAUAUUGUUUGUCCAUCAAAUCAAACUUGUUGCAAGUCACACGAUGAUCAAUAUGCUUGCUGUGCUCAUCAUAAUGGUGUGUGUUGCGAUGAUGGUCGACACUGCUGUCCAACCGGUACAAGAUGUAAUCAGAAAUCCGGUGGAUGCAUAAAAUUAUAA